CAAGUGAGCACGAACACACAGGGAGUCCGACAACACUGUCAAGCGAAGUGCUACACUGUACAAGAAGAGAAGGGAAAGAGAUAGAUGUGAGGAGGGGCGUGCGGACAAGAAACUGACAGAGAACAGGUUCGAGUGAGAGAAGGAAGGACGCUUAUCCGGAGUGGGAAGCCGAAAAAGGACAGGAAAGGAUCAUCGAGGAGACCAGAGAACAACAAGGAAGAGGUGCUGCUGACCCAGAGGCCGAGAGAAGAGAAGUAGCAGGCCAUCCUGAGAGCCGUGCGUGAGAGUGUGCCAUGGCGUCGUUCGCUCUGGAGCUGGUCGGUGUCCUCCUGUCGGUGCUGGGCUGGGUGCUGAGCGUGGUCAGCUGCGCUCUGCCAAUGUGGCGGGUUUCCGCUUUCAUAGGGGCCAACAUUGUCACCGCUCAGGUCUACUGGGAGGGUCUGUGGAUGAGUUGCGUGGUCCAGAGUACGGGCCAGAUGCAGUGUAAGAUCUACGACUCCAUGUUGGCCUUGCCCCAGGACCUGCAGGCAGCCAGAGCUCUCUCGGUGGUCUCCAUCAUUGUGGGGGUGUUGGCUCUCUUGGUUGCCAUGGUGGCGGCCAAGUGCACCAACUGUAUUGAGGAGGAAGGUAUGAAAGCCAGGGUGAUGUUGGCCUCCGGCGUUGCCUUCAUUCUGGCCGCUCUGUCUCAACUGGUCCCUGUGUCCUGGUCUGCCCACACCAUCAUCAGCGAGUUCUACAGCCCCAUCAUUCACUCGUCGCAGAAAAUGGAGAUCGGCGCCGCAUUGAUGUCGAUGGGCUUGGAGAUUGUGGGCAUCGCCCUGGGAGUCAUAGGAUUCAUCAUUGCCAUCGUAGUCUGUGCCCUGCCUAUGUGGAGGGUCACAGCCUUCAUUGGAUCCAACAUCAUCACCGCCCAAGUGAUCUGGGAAGGCCUGUGGAUGAACUGUGUGACCCAGAGUACAGGCCAGAUGCAGUGUAAGAUCUAUGACUCCAUGCUGGCCUUGCCCCAGGACCUGCAGGCAGCCAGAGCCAUGACCGUCGUCUCCAUCAUCCUCGGGGUUCUUGGGGUCCUCAUCUCCAUAGUCGGGGCCAAGUGUACCAACUGCAUCGAAGACGAGGCCUCCAAAGCUAAAGUGAUGAUCAUCUCUGGGAUUUUCUUCAUCCUGGCCGGGAUCCUGAUCCUCAUUCCUGUUUCCUGGUCAGCCAGCUCUGUCAUCCGUGACUUCUACAACCCCCUCCUGAUCGACGGCCAGAGAAGGGAGCUGGGGGCGUCUCUCUACAUCGGCUGGGGGUCCGCCGCCCUGCUCCUGAUUGGGGGGGCCCUGCUGUGCACGUCCUGCCCUCCCAGUGAGAAGAGGUACAAACCCCCUCGGAUGGGCUACUCUGCCCCCCGCACCGUGAGCGGGGGAGCGGUGGGAUACGACAGAAAGGACUACGUCUGAAGGAAAGGCAGCUUCACCCCCACCAGCGUGAUGUUGGGAUGGAGAGAAGAUGCGGAGAAGAUGGAAACAAAGGCAUUUCUGUACUGCACAUGCAUUUGCUGUCUGAGAAGACGUACAGGGCUGAAAGGUCCUGACUAGACUCCGAUAUGAAGGGAUGAGUAUUGUGUUAAUUGCUUGGCUUUUCCUUGGGAGUGCAUGCAUGUUCAUUGUCAAUGUUGUAGUGUCAAAUGCUAUACAUUUGUUUUAGUAGAAGCUGUUAAUGCAAAGGCUUCUUGUAAGGCUCUGGAUAAGAGCGUCUGCUAAAUGACUAAAUGUAAAUGUAUAAUCAUAAGGAUUGUACUGUAAUUCAACUCUAUUGUGAAACACAGAGAAGAAAAAAGAAAAAAGCUUUUGUUGCUUUAGUUAAGCCUUCAACCUUUAGUUUUAUGUACAUAUGAGAAGAAACUAUUGCUACCCUAAAGUUGUAUUAAGUCAUGACAUAUGUUUGAGCUUCUUUUGUGCCGUUAGUAGCUUUUGGCGGGAUGGUAUGAUGUUUCACACAUGUUUUCAGUUAAAACUCUGCUGUCUUGCUGAUAAUGGCAAGGAAGCACCACUUUUUAUUUUUUUUACAUGGAUUUGGUUAUGUGAUUGUGUGCGUAUACAUGUGUGUGUAUGUGUGUGUGUGUACCUGCACCCGUUUGUGUACUUUGCAUGUAUUUGGUUGUAUGUAUUUGGUUAGGAUAUAUUUUGCAGGGACAGAAACUGAAGAUGAUAAGCCUCAGGUCGUGACAUUGUAGAUGCCUCUUCCUCUUUGCAGUUUCACUGUUCUACUUAGGACCUGGCUGCAGUAUGUGCUGUGUGAAGCACUGAAUGUGUUGUUAUGGUGAUGGUAUUGUUUUACUUUCUGUUGUUUUUACUUUUAAAUGCAAUUGUGGUUUACUGUCUGUGAAGCACAUUUUCCUGUUUUUUUUGUGAUACAUUUUCCUGUAAAUUGUGUUGGGCUUUUGUGCACCAUAAGUUGUGAAUAGAUGACUACUGCAAUUGUGUAGUAAUGUGUUGCUACAGUAAUUUGAGAAAUUUAGGGGGUAGUCCAGACCUCUCACAAACAAUGGAACCAAAGGAGUUGUUUGGUAAUGAGGAGUGGUAGUUACAAUAGUACCUCACAGGUGCAUUUGAUUAUGUAUGGUUGUCUUUGUAUGACGUGCGUGUCUUUGUAGGAUGUGUGUAUCUGUGUGUGGGUUUGUUUGUGUGUGUGUGUGUGUGCGUGUGUGUGGUGUAUUUCUAUGGUAUGUGUAUGUGGGCAUGUGUGUGUCAUUGCAUUUUAUGUUACACAUUCACACUUUUAAUGUACAAAAGCAAAAUGAACACUUGACUAUUUAUUGGAUUACUACCAUUUCAAUUCCUCUCCUUUUCAAUACUUUUGUUAUGGUUUGGUAUUCAAUAGUUCACAAUUCAGUUGUCUUUAUUUCAAGCCAGAUCACAAUAAAGAUUUAAAGGUCAA